UAAACUCGGACUUUUCCGGUCAUAACGAUGCCAAUUUAGUCGCGUUUAGGUUCCGACAUUUGACUCUUCAAUCGUGUUUCCUUCGGACCUUGUAUUAAUAAGGUCCACACUUCAUACUAACAGCCCUAGGUUGGCCUAUUGUGCUCUUUGGCAAUCGAAUCGGGAUCAGACCAUUAUCCCAUUACGAAGCCAUUUUGAACCGUGGCAGUUGGCACUUUAGCUAGCCAUCAUCACGACUCCAGACGCAUGGGGACGAUGCAUCCGGCUGCACCGUAUAAGCCGGCACUGGUGCACGUAGGGAGUUAUUUGGCAUUGCUGCCGCUAACUUACCGUAUACCACAGCUUCCUGUUGAGCAGAUCGAUUAUCAGGCGGGGUCUGAAAGAGGAAAUGCCUUCUACUGUAAGUCACUUGUUGGCGAAUGUGCAGAAGGAAGCUGUCUGUUGCGUGCCUAUUCUUGCCGGGAUUACUGGUAAAUAUAUAUGUUUAAUUUAUGUUUCCUAUCUUUUUGUUGCUCCCCGUGUUGCUCUGGCCUUAAGCUGGGUGGAAAAAUCAACCAUCAGCCAAACACGACUUCCUGUCAUGAACGCCCGAAACUGCCAGCCAGUAAUCCAGUCAGUGAUGCCAUAAACGACAAGGACUGCAUAUGGAGCCAUAUGGACAAUAAGUGCGCGCUAGCGCAGUUCCUUCGGAUAAUGGAAUCAUCUGCGAUCAUUUGUAAAAUAACAUUUUAGACGCUCCUUUAUAAACACAGUAUUUCUUUUCCUCCAUUCCGGCGUUUUAGCAACGUUAAUUAUAAAUAAUCGGCUGGAAGUAGCGUGGAUUCGUUACCUGCUACACAAGUCUUCCUAGCUUCGGACGCAGCGACGAUUUAAAUACACUGGUCGAUGUCUGCAAACACUGAUCAACAGAACGCAAUACAGAUGCAAACAUACACGUCUGUGGUUGCAUCCAACUCUGGGCAAUCUUAUUGAGAAGACAAAUAAGUAUACAGUGGCAUUAAUGUAAUUAGAUGUUACAUUGGGAAAGAACUGGGAUCAACGGGACGCGUUACAGCCGGAAUGACCUAUGCGGCAAUUACAGACACUGCGCAAGAAAGCCAUUAUGACGAUGCAGUCAUUCAUAAGACUAUUCUGGUCGGCGAUUCUGGUGUAGGGAAAACCAGUUUCCUGGUCCAGUUUGAUACUGGCAAAUUUCAACCUGGUUCUUUUGCCGCGACGGUCGGUAUCGGAUUCACUAACAAAACAGUAACAAUGACCGACAACAGCAAAGUGAAGUUACAAAUAUGGGAUACAGCCGGACAGGAACGUUUCCGGUCUAUCACACAUGCCUAUUAUCGAGACGCUCAUGCUUUGUUGUUGCUAUAUGAUGUUACCAGUAAAGCCAGCUUCGACAACAUAAGGGCUUGGCUUGCCGAAAUCCAUGAUUUCGCUCAAGAAGACGCUGUAAUUCUUCUAAUCGGGAAUAAAGCAGACAUGACCAAUGCAAGAACAGUGCGAAAAGAAGAUGGAGAGCGUUUAGCAAAUGAGUUUCGCGUAACCUUUAUGGAGACCAGUGCAAAAAGCGGUCUUAAUGUUGAGACUGCUUUUCGUACUAUCGCAUCGUUUUUACGAACCCGACAAGAUUUUCCAAAGGAAAAGACUGUUCGGCUAACGGAAAUUAAUAACGCUACAUCAAGUGCAGCUAGCGGCCUUUGGAAAUGCUGCGGUUAUUAAACUUUGCAGAUUUGUGGCACACUGUCGUUGUUUUUCGUAUAAGUUACUAGUACUUGUGGUUUUACCUGGCUUCGACUUUCUGCAAUUAUGUAGUAAGAUAAAAAUCAUUCAAAACAGUGACACUGCUAUCGUUUUCGGCGGAGGUACUUAAUGAAAAAUAUUUCGGAAAUUGUUGGUUUAUAAAGAUUCUUUCCCGUAAACUGUCAGCUGAUCAAACAAUUACGUACCUGUAUUGCCCAUUAAAAUAAUUAUUGGUGAAUUUGGUAUAAAGUAUUGUAUAAAAUUUCGCUUCUUUUUUUUGAUUACGCAGUGUUUUUCCUUAUGUAGAGUUACCACCUCAUGAACCUUAGUUGUGAAAAUACUGUAGCGUUAAAUUCUUUAGAAGGUCACACGAAGCUGUGUUACUAUUCACAACAUUCGAUUCGUGCCUAAAGUUUUUUUUUAUUGGCGUUUGUUUUGCAAAGUUGAAACCUUGAGUACCGCAUAGCAGCCAUACUCAGCUGCCAUAGCUUGAGUUCGUCUACCGCUUGCGCAUAGUGAUAUGCGUCCGCAUUUCGGAAGUCUGCCUCUGAGAAGCGGAUACUUCAUAUUUUAAUAACGGCCA